AUGCGCGUUGUUUUCUACAUGUAUCUAAUAGUGCUAAGUGCUCUGCUGUCCAUGUUGGCAAUGGCAACAGCUUUUGGAAUCCGCAGCAGGCCGAGAACGGAAAUGAGUCAACUGACUAUGGCGGAUUUAAAUCAGGAGCAGAAGCAGGAGCCGGAGAAUCCGGCUGUACGCUUCGCCAGGCAGUUGGGUUUCGCCAGACACUUUGACUUGGGAAGAUUUGGCUCAGGCGCCGGAAUUUUAGGCGGACUGCUUGGCGGAGGAUUGAGCGGAGGAUUGGGCGGAGCACUUCAUGGAAGGUUUGAGGAAAGACGCGGCGGUGAAGAAGGCAUUGGAGGAGUCCUUGGAGGCAUUCGUCGAUUUCUUGGCAGACCAAAUUUGGUCAGGCCUGAUUUCUUACAGCAGUCCCUUAGAUUUUUUGGCUAAAUGUUAUUAAUUUAAAGCAACGACUGUAAUUGUUAAUAAUUUUAAUCAAAAAUUUGAA